GAAGCGAGCAAGCCGCGCUGCUGGACUGGGGAGCGGACUGUGGAGCGGUCACUGAGCGCAUCAGGAAAGUCUGCCUUACACGGUCUCGUGAUGCUCAGAACAACACUUCGCCGACCACACAUCACCUCAGCUUCGAGGAAACAUCUGCCAGACCGGAACGGCUGCUUAUGAAGUAAACAAGUAAACAUCUGGACGCAGUCAGAACAUCAGUUUUGUUCUUCUCAGUAUGGAGAACAUUUCAAACCCCGUCAACAUGAACCCACAGUGCAACUUCAGCAUGGACUUCUACUACCACAGCUCUGCCAACCGGACUGAUCUGAACUGCACGCCCCCCGAGGACUACUUCUUUUACGCAGACCUGUACGUGGUUCUCCCGGUCAUUUACUCCGUGAUCUGCGCCGUGGGUCUGACCGGCAACACGGCGGUCAUUUAUGUCAUCCUGAAAGCGCCUAAAAUGAAGACGGUCACCAACAUGUUCAUCUUGAACUUGGCCAUCGCGGAUGACCUCUUCACGCUAGUUUUGCCCAUCAACAUCGCCGAGCACCUUCUGCACUACUGGCCCUUUGGCGAAGUGCUCUGCAAGAUCAUCCUGAGCAUUGACCACUACAACAUCUUCUCCAGCAUAUAUUUUCUGACCGUGAUGAGCGUUGACCGCUACCUGGUGGUGCUGGCCACGGUGCGCUCCAAGCGCAUGCCCUACCGCACGUACAGGGCGGCCAAGAUAGUCAGCCUGUGCGUUUGGGUGCUGGUCAUCCUCAUCGUGGUGCCCUUCACGGUGUUCGCGGGAGUGUACGUCAGCCCGGACGACUCCGAGCGGAAGAGCUGCGUGCUGAGCUUCCCCAGCCCAGAGGGCUCGUGGUUCAAAGCGAGCCGGAUUUAUACGCUCAUACUGGGCUUUGCCAUCCCCGUGUCCACCAUCUGCAUCCUCUACACCAUGAUGCUCUACAAGCUGCGCAACAUGAGACUCAACACCAACGCCAAGGCGCUGGACAAAGCUAAAAAGAGAGUGACCGUGAUGGUGUUCAUCGUCCUGGCCGUGUGCUUGUUCUGCUGGACCCCCUUCCACCUCAGCACCAUCGUGGCGCUGACCACGGAUCUGAGAAGCACGCCGCUCGUCAUCGGGAUCUCGUACUUCAUCACCAGCUUGAGCUACGCCAACUCCUGCCUCAACCCGUUCCUCUACGCCUUCCUGGACGACAGCUUCAGGAAAGCGUUUAAGAAGAUGCUAGAAUGUAGGACUGCUUGAAUGUAACGGACUCGGAACUGGUUCACAGUGGAACAACGUGGACAGCAGCUUCUACACGAGCCUAACGUGAGCUUUUGU